AUGGCACACCAGCAGCUGACUGUUGAUUUCCUGUAUGAGGUGGUUGUACCCAUCAUCUUGGCAGUCGAUGUUGCUAAGCGAAGGGAAGAAGGGGACGACGUUGCGGUCAAGUCCAGCGCAAGUUUUGGGUGGACUUGGCUUCUACGUCAGCCACAGCACGGCUUCUGCGACACCCUGCUGCAGGAGCUUGUCCAGAGAGGACAGGACUCCCAGAACUUCCAGGGUUCCAGAACUUCCUGCGGGCGAGCCGUCAAAUUCUGGGUUGCAGAAUUUAAGAGGGGUCGGGUGAACCUGGAAGAUGAGCCACGCCCUGGCAGGCCUGUAGAGGUGACCAAUGACCAAACCAGUGAAGCUGUGAGACAACUGGUUGUCAAAAACAGGCGAAUGAAGGUGCCAGAAAUGGCCAAGGCCUUGGACAUUUCAGAGGGAAGUGUCCAUACCAUUUUGCAUGAUCGUCUGGGUAUGAGGAAGCUGUCUGCCCGAUGGGUCCCGAAAUGUCUGAGUGAUGAUCAGAAGGCUACUAUUACUGGAAAGUACUACUCCGAUCUCCUGGACCGUUUGCGGACUGCUAUUCUUGCCAAACGUCGUGGAAACAUCACAAAAGGUGUGCUGCUCCAACAUGAUAAUGCCAGAGUGCACACCUGUCGACUUGCGGUUGCCGCAGUGAAGCGGAACGGGUUCAAAGUAUUGCCUCAUCCACCUUACUCACCAGACCUGGCACCAAGCGACUACUUUCUCUUCCCAAACUUUAAGAAAGAACUGCGUGGACGUCAUUUCCGUUCCGAUGAUGAACUCACGACAGCAGUGGAGGGGUGGUUACACGAACAACCCCAUGGUUUCUAUCACAACGGGCUUUUAGCUCUCACACAUCGCUGGACAAAGUGCAUAGACCUCAAUGGUGAUUAUGUGGAAAAAGAAGAAGUGAGGAGCAGUAGCAAAUAG